AAACUCAUUUCACCCUCUCCCUCUUUGUGGAUCAGGAAGGGUCAAGGGCCUACCCAUACACCCUUCUCCCUUCCUCUCUUUUUCACCUCUAACAUCAUGAACACCAUAAAUGUAUGGAUGAUCCUCCUCGUCCUGGCCGUCGCCACAACAGCAGCCGAAUCGAUGUCGCCAUCGCCGUCAGGUGGUCUGAUAUCCUCCAAUGAUACAGGAAUGUCGUUGGCCACAUGUGAAGGGAUGGAUGGGCACUGCUUCGAAGUGGAUGCGGACUUCAUGAUGGAUAUGGAUUCCCCGAGCCAAACCAGGUUGUUGUGGCAGAUGGGGCCGGGGAGGCAGAGGUACAUUACGUACCAAGCACUCAGGGCAAACAGUAUCCCAUGCGGCUGGCGUGGAAACUCCUACUACGAUUGCGAUGCUCACAAGAGGGUCAAUCCUUAUCGCAGGGGUUGCACUGCUGCAACUCGUUGCUUCAGAUACACUCAUUGAAUGAGCAAUCGUGUGGGAUGAUCCGAUCGUGCGUACAAUGUUUACUAAUUCGUGUUGUAUUGGUAAUUGAAGGGGAGAGAGGAUGGAAAUGUAAUGGAAGGAAAAAGGAAGGGACCAAAGGGGAACAGAGAAAUGAUGUUUGUUUGUAAAUUAACUCGUCAAUAUAGUCCUCUGGAUUUAUUGCAAUAUAUGUAAUCGUUAAUCCCAUAAGCGUUAAUCUCAUAACUUCGAAUAACUCUAACUCUUAUGCAUCUUGUGGUGAAUUUUUUGGAUGGAUUGUGCUUUUUCUCUAAUUCCAUUCAUCUAGC